AAGAGGACAAAAGUUUCAAAAAAAUUUCAUACAGAUAAGGUUUUGUAUGAAAAGAAAAGCGGCAAAUAGAAGUAAGCGAAGGAGAGUGCUCAAUUUGCAUCAGCCAUCUUCAAAUGACUUGCUCCAUAGCAAUACUAAAUUCCAUUGCCAGUCCUUAUUGUAAAUGUUCUCCGCGGAGUUUAUUUAACUGGGAUUUUGGUAAUUAUAAAAAGACUGAUGAUAAACCACAAGUUAGAUACCAUGAUCUUGAUCUUCCUUUCCCUCCUUCCCUUGUCAGCAAAACAUUCUUGAAAGGAAGGGAACUAAAGUGCUGCUAUAAGGCAUCAGUGGAUGGAUUUAGUGCAACUGAAUUUCACAACAACAGUGAUUUCAAAGGACCAUGUGUGAUUAUUGGCUAUACAACAAAGGCCUUUAAGUUUGGAGCAUUUAAUCCAGAAGGCUACAGAAGUACAGAUGAUUAUUAUGACACUUUUGAUGCAUUUCUCUUUUACUGGGCUGAAGAUGAACAACAACCAAUAAUCUUGCCUAAAGUAGGGGGAAGUGGUGCUGCUCUUUUUGAUUAUGCUAGAGGAGGGCCACAGUUUGGUGCUGACGGAUUGCUAAUUGGACCUCCAUUGGCUCCUGUAAUGGGUGGAUUUGCAGGACCUGAUACUAAUUCUGGGGUUGGUGAUUUAAGGCAAGCUAAAUCAAGAUUGGGACUUUCUUAUGCUAAAAGGCCAGAUGGUAAAGAGUCAUUGUUUGGAGAUGAGUCUAAGGCUGAACUUGAUGAAGUUCUCGUAUUUUGCAGUCCUCAAAUUGCUAGCUUAUAUUGACUCAAUUUUGGCAAAAAUGGAUGCCAUUGCCUCAGGGAAAGUAAGUCUCUAUGAUCUUGAGGUGACUAAAGAAAAUAUGUAUUAGUUCUCUACUAGGUCUUAAAAUGUAGCAGUGUAAAUUUUAUUUUGUUGUAUAGAAAUGGGCUGCAACAGGAUUUUUAUUCUUUGUUUCUCAUUUAAUUUAUAAACUCUCUCAAGUUAUUCACCAAGACCAUCAUACUGUGAUUGCCUAA